AUGAAAAACUCGAACGGCAUAAGUCAGAGGAUCUUGAAACGUCUACGCGUGAGAGUAGUGGAAGGAGCGCAAAUCUGUAGUAAGACCCAAGAGUGGGGUUUCAAGCACACAUGUUCACCUGCAGUUUAUUCAAUCUGGCUUUCUAUUCCGAAGUUAGAAAAUAUUUGUUGGCUAGCUGUUCUGCACUAUUAUCCGAAUUUAGCUUUAAAAACUAAAGAAGAAGUAAUGUCACUAGGAAUCUCAUGGGAAGUAUUCCAAUCACGAUUCAGAAAAUGUAUUCAUUUAUAUAUAAAUACUUUUUCUCGGGGGUAUAUGUAUGAAGGAUGCAGGCUCUUUUUUCGAAUGCAUUCGCUGGUUGGUGUUGCUUUUCACGGAAGAAACUUGAUUAUUCUGACAUUCAUGGAAUCAUUGAUAGAUCGUACAAGUCAUUUGCAUACAUUCGAUUUGGACAAGGAAACUAUGGUUGUCACUCCUCUAACUGGAGACAUACCUCUGUCAACUAGCCCAUUUAAUUUCAUAAUUCAUGAUCAUUAUUAUUACACUGUUGGAGCUAACAGAGAUGACAAGGAAUAUUCUGACGUCUAUCGACUCAACACGACGACUUUUAAAUGGGAGUCUGUGUACAAAUGCACUGGCUUGGAUCGUAAUGAACCUAGAGGACGACGAGGUCAUACUUUAGCAUACGACGGGAGUAAAAUUUAUAUUUUUCGUGAGACCCUAAACUUCAGUUAUAUCGUUGGCAAGGCAGAAGCUGUCGAUAAUUUUGAGAAACUUCCUGCAUUUGAUUUAACUACAUGCAAAUGGACGAGUGUCGAGACUUAUGGAGAUAAGAAACACAGGCCGCGAUACCCGAAGAAUAACCGAGGAGCCUUUGCGUUAACGCAGUACACAGAUCCGGUGUAUUACCGAUUCCUGUUGAUUUUCAUUCAAUGUAUGCUACUCCGGAAGGACAGUUAUUUGUGUAUGGAGGAUUCCGUGAUCAAAAUACUCGGUGUGGAGAGAAUUGGAGCUAUCAAUUAUUGGAUAUUAAAAUUUUGUUUAUAUAGGACUUCGUGUUCUACAGCAGUACACAGCGCUUGGGUGACGGUUCCGAAGCUUGAAUACUUGUGCUGGAAAGCUUGGCAACAUCACCACCCAGAUUGGGCUGCUAAGUCUCGGAGACAGCCAUUUGUUUUGAAAGAACAUGCACCUAAAGACAAUAAAGAACCAGAAGGAAGAUGCGGAAGUAAAAUAUAUUGUAAGGGCCACAAUCUUUAUAUUUACCGUGGAAGUGACCCAACGAUCAUCGAUGAGCAAGAGCUAGACGAUGGCGUGAUUCAUAUUAUCACGAAGCCUAAAUUUUGUGACAUAGAACGGGCGUACAUUAACAAUGAACACAAAUUACCAGGUCCGGACCACAAUGUGAUUGGUGUAAUCUUCGAAGGGAACUUGUUAACUAUUUUCACUACAUUAUAUAAGUCAGUACCUAACUCUGAAGAUUGUGAUAAAUUUACAGACUUAUAUAUUUGCAAUAUUCUCAAUGAACAUGUGAUCAAUCAGUCUCUUCAAGGAGAGGUACCCAAAUAUCCUUUUCUAUGUAAUAUAAUUCGUGAUGGAGGAUAUUAUUAUAUGGUAGGAGAUGUUGAUGAUGAAAAUAAUCGCGUUGGCAACGUCUACAGGAUAGAAAUGAAGAGUGGAAUUUGGGAAUGUGUUUAUAAAUGUCAAGGAAAAGAUGAAAAAAAUGAACUUUGGAAAAAUGUUCCUUAUUACCUAGUUUUUGACGGAAAAACGAUUUUUACUUUUUUUUCUCUUGAUAAUAAUAAUGAUGAUGAUGAUGAUGAUGAUGAUGAUGAUGAUGAUGAAGAUGAUGAUGGUGAUGAUGAUGAUGAUGAGUAUGACGAGAAUUUCACUCCGUAUUCUUUUUUGGAACUUGGAGCUUUUGAUGUAGAAAAUCGUCGAUGGAGAAUGAUCAAUACUCAUGGAGAUGUUGAUCAUAUACCGAAUUACCCAAUGGAUAGAGACGAAUUUAGCGGAUCUAAUCUUCGAAUUUCGCACUACCGAGACUCCAACAAUGAUGUUAUAGUUAUUUUAUCAGGACAAAUUGAUCAUAAAGAUUAUUACAAUGAUUUAUGGACAUUAAACCUCAGUACUAUGAUAUGGAAGAACAUUGAUAAUCGUAGAAGUAUAAUACCACGAACGUUUCAAAGCUUCUCAAUGACUGUGUCCCCUGCUGGCCAACUAUUCACAUUCGGUGGAUUCAUCGGUGACCCGAAAGCUAGAGUUCCCUGUGGCUCUCGUGUUCACUCAAUUUGGAUUACUAUCCCAAAACUCACAGACAUUUGUUGGGAGGCUGUUCUUUACUAUUUGCCGAGCUUGGUUUCAAUGUCUCAAGAACAAAUUGAAAAUCUCGCUAGAUAUGAUGAUGAUGAAGAACCAGAAGGAAGAUGCGAAAGCAAUAUAUACUGUAAGAGUCAUAAUCUGUAUAUUUACCGGGGCAGUGAUCCAACGAUCAUCGAUGUUCGACAACUAGACGGUGACCAUAAUGAAAUUGGUGUAAUCUUCGAAGGGAAUUUGCUAACCAUUUGCACUAUGCGACUACCUUAUUCUGAUAAACUUACCGACAUAUGUUUUCAAUAUUCUCAAUGA